AUGUGCAAAUUGUUUCUGGAGGUGUGGAAGAGCGUCGGAGCAGAUUUCCAGUGGUCAUCGGAGUGCUACAACGACGACGUCCCAUACUGGGUCGACCUGCCGUGGGAGAAGGGGCUCCCCGAGGCGGAGAAGAAGGGUAUCUCGGUGGCUGAGACGUACGUGCAGUAUCUCAAGAACACGCUCGACUGCCUAUACCGCGAGGGCGGCAAGAUGAUGAGCAUCCCGAUGCACACGCGCAUCAUCGGCAAGCCUGGUCGCUCCGAGGCGCUGCGGCAGUUCAUGCAGUUCAUGGCGGAAAAGGAGGGCGUGUGGAGGGACGGCACUGGCCAGCCGGCAUAA